ACAGUCAGUCUGCAUUGCUUGUUCGAUGCAGCAGUGACGCAGUCCGAUAGAGAUUUACGAAGCAGUUUAUGGGCUAAUUUAUUGCAAAAUUCUACAAUAUAAUAAAACAGUUUCUGUAAACUUUCAUUCAUAAAUUAAGAGCAAAGUGAUUAUAUAAAACAUGAAGUGAGAACAAAUAAGAGAAAUCAUGGAUAUUUUAUCAGACAUGACGGACUUUAAUUGCUCAGAUGCCAGAACAGCGAUGCAGAUUCUGAUUUCUAAUUCUUCGCUGGAAAGUAUUCACAACCCAUUUGUUGAACUUGGGUUUGAUCAAAUCAAGGAGAAAGUUGUACCUCAUUUAUGUCCACAUAUAGAAGUCCCAAGUUCAGAAACCGUAUCUCAACCAAUGCCAUCAAAAUCAAAAAGUUUCCCUCGUCGUAUGAGGCCUACCAAGUUCCGAAAAUCUGUUCGUUCUUUACCAGGAGAUGGGACAGUGGUUACCAGUUCCAAUUCUGAAAGUGAUUAUAUUUAUAUGGAUGACUGUGAAGCAUUAGGCAGCAGCAGCAGCAUGACAUCUGUUUCGGAAAAGAGGUCUCAUCAGAGUUAUUGGAAAGAUUGUGAUUUUCUCAUCUACAAAGCAAUGUCUGCAUGUGUUAAACAUCCAGUGUUGCUACCAUGUAAACAUGCGGGCACAUUGCAAAGCCAUAGCUUACUGAACAAGGAAGAUGGUGAGGUGGCACUGAUUCUCGGUUCAUUUCUUCGCAAGCUUUGUAAACAUCCAUCCAAGAAACACAGAGACUACCAACACAUAAUAUCACAGUCAAAUAAAGAGCAAUCUCUGCAAUCAGAGCUGUUUUAUCAACUACAAGUGUCCGAGAAAAAUGAACACCCGUACUACAAACAAGAUGAGUUCUAUUCAGUUGAGGACAAUCGAAGGUGGCAGAAAGUUGAAAGAGAUGAAAUUAAUUCUUUCAUAUCCAGACUUCCUGGUUUAGACAGCCCUGAUGUUUAUAUUUCAACGCGUAAUAGAUGUGAGGAUUAUAGAACACUUCUAUCUAAAGUUGUAAAUUAUGAACUUAGUGAUAUGAUAAAGAAUGGAUCAACGCUAACUAUUCCGGAAACUUCUUUAUCUCCAUCUGUAUCUUCAGCGAGUCUUCCAAGAGCAGGGAAGAUACUUUCAUCCAAGUCAAGCAGACUCCUUGCAGAGUUUGCAUUGAGAUAUCGUGUUUCUCCGCUGACACAACUUGUCAUGUACUUUCAGUGUUUGCUGAAGUGUAUGGAUAGUAACAUUCUCGCGUUGGGUGACUUGGAGACUUUAGAAGAGUUACAGCAUUGCCUGAAAGAGAUUCUAAACUUUCUCACUGGUGACUUUGGCGUGCAUGUGAUAUUAAAAUCAGAAGUUAAAUUGAUGAAUGAACUCACAGAGAUGGUGAUAGAAGAUUUGAAAUCUAUGAUGUGUUCAUUCCUUACAACUUGGAAGCCUACUAAAGACCAACUGAGCACUUCACUUGCUCUUCUGCAUAGUUGCUACACAUGGCAACAAUUGUACGACGAACAAAGAGAAAAUGAUUAUCCGUUUUGUGUCGAAAAAUGGUUCCAGGCAGCAGUCAUUGAAGGCUAUGAGAGUCAGAAGCAUUUGAAAUGUGAUUGUGAAGAUCCUUGCAUUACCUCUAAAUCUGCAUGUCUUCUCCGCGCUAUCCAAUAUUCCAUGGAAACAAUUUGCAACGGCAGCAAAGAAGGAUUUCAAUCUACCUUUGAACCUUACAUUGAAAAUGUUUCAAAAUCUUCAGCUGCAGUGCUUUACACAAGGGUGCUUAAAGAUGUACAGGAUUUGGCAAACGAUUCCCAGGCUGCAAAGUCUUUUGAAAAUAAAUCAUUUGAAUUUGUUUCAAACAUUCAUCUGCCAUCAAAGUUGUUUGAAUUUGAAGAAUGUGUUUUUAAAACUUGCCACACACCUUCAAUGGAAGAUCUAUCAUUGAACUGGAAGACAGUCUUCCAUGAUAAACGGCGUUUCUGGAUGAGAGAAAUUAGGUCCAGGAUGAGCAAGUCAAUGCUUCUAUUCAUUAAGGAUCAUGGGAAAGGAUGUUCGGUGGAUUUAAAUACAGAAGAAGUUUUCCUGGUUUCAGAGAUGCCGGACACUCGUACCAGUUCGUGUUCAGAUCGCCGUAAAAAGUCAGUGACCACUGACAAUGCAAACACACAUGUGACCACAGAACGCACCACGACUGAGGGGCAUGACAAUACUCAACGUAUGAGAAUGAACACUAUGGUGGGGUGUGGUGUGGAAAAUGAACCGCGACAUGAGAUCUCAGAGUUUAUGACCCUUAACACAAGCUCACGUGACAACUUUUCAGUCAUCAGACCUUCAUUCACAUUUACGCAGUCCGCAUUGGAUUUGGUUCUUUUAAUAAACAGGUUUAUUGCAUUUAUUGAGGGGUUGGUGCAACCACUACAUAACCUGCCGUAUGAUCUGUACAAACUUCCUUCUGCUGCAACCAACAAAGAUUUGUUUUGUAUUCAAGUGUUUGAGGUUAUGUCACGUAUAAUCAAACAAUACUGUGAUUGUAUGCUUAACAUAGACCUUUGCAAUAUUCCCGAAAAACGUGUGCUGCAGUAUGUGACAAAGGAAAAAAGGGAACAACUAAAACGAAGAGCACUUAAUGGAACGGUUAAUUGCUGUCGUCAUCAAAUGGAAAGUGUUAGAUGUUCAACCACAGAAGCUGAUGACUUUUCUACAAACAGCGGUUAUGCAAAGAUGUGCAGGCGAAUAAACAAUGUUGCUCUCUUGUUGGGAGGGCGACAUGUGAUCUUUGAAAAGUUGUGUCGUGCGCUUCAAAUCUCCGAAAGUAUUGCGUCAUCAGCGAUGACGUCGUCAAGAAAUUCCUCCAUGCAUGAGCGAUUAAGUGACUCGGAUAUUUACCACACACGAACUACGGAAAGUUUGUAUUCAGAAGGCAGUGAUUCCAGUCAAGAUACAGUUGUUUAUGUAGGGCCUGGUAAUUCCAGCGAUAAACCAGCUGACAAUCCGGAAUCGGAAUCACUGAUCUGCCACGAUGAAAGCAUGGUUGAAUCUGGAACAGAGAUCGUGAAUUCUUUAAGUGAAUUACCAACGGACGGGAACAACAAUAACGCUCAAAGAAGCGAGCAAGACAUGCCACCUCACACAUCAAGCGUAGAUGUACAUUUACUCGGAGUUGGGAAUAAACCACCAAGAUUGAGGCGUUCAUAUACGGUGAUGGAGGGGCGGAAUGACCACGGUCGCAGCAGACAGCGAAGUUGUACAGAUGCAGACUUGGUGGACGAGCAGGAGUCUAUAUUAGUCCUUGGGAUUACACCACUCUUGGAUCGGUGUGGAGAGUCGGUGACGACAUGUGCACGUUCACUAUGUGGUGUUCUGGGUUGGAGGGUAACAAAAACGGUGUUUGGGAAACUUUUAUCUCUAUUGGAUAAACCGAACGUGAACUUUACCCGUUAUAACUGCCCCAACACAACGACGGAUGUUGAAAUUUGCGAACAGUUUUUCGAACCUGUAACCUCUGAUCUAUACCACGUUCUUAACCAGCUCUCUACCCUCGUACGCACAGAAGUUUUGCCGCAGUUGCACCAGACGGUGUGGAAACUUUUUUUAGAGAUCUUCAAAACUACUGUAAUGAAGUUGGGUCAACAUCCACUGAAUAUGAGAAAACGUUCGUUUGUUCUACUUAAUCUCUUCCGCUUCUUUGCCAACAUCUUCUCAUCUUUCGAGCUCCUCCAGGAAGAUGAGAUGACUGAAGACAUCCAGCCAUCACUAAAACUCCUGGAGCUUUACACACUCACCACAGAACGAGUAAUUGGCAUCCACGAAUCGUUGGAAAAUCAACCUAUCAAAAUGGAGCAGUUAUUAAUGGAGAUUCGUAAAAAACACAAGUCAUUUAGCGGCCGUCAACUCCUGCAACACGUGAUCAAGACAUAUCCCAAGCUGCCUCCAAGCAAAGCAAAAUCAAAAGCACACAAGAAAUGCGAAGAAUUAAUAAGACAGAAGCUCAUCUCUUUGUUAUUUGUUCGGGAAAAAAAUACAAGUCGUUUACCAGAUCUCGUGGACGAUUCGCUAAGUUCGAACUGCAGUUCCACACCGACGUCUUCAAGAAUUGAGAUAAGUGAAACGUCAUCAUCGAUUACGUCAGAUGAUUCAUUUACUUCACCUAUUGAAUCAGAUUCCGACGGGAGCCAAGACGUCACAGAUCCUAAUAAAUUUUACGCAGACGAUGAUCAUUUUUACGUCAUCUUGCAAGCUUUACAAGACACGUUUGCUGUGCACGGGAUUCAACAAACCGACAGUGCGAGUCCCGGAAUCGACUCUGUCAAGAAUGUUCUUCUAAGCAGACAAAUGUACGACCACCAAGCGAACGAGUUUUUAAGACGUCGAGGUUACAUUAAACGGUGGUACCAGCAGGGCUGUUUCUGUUUUCCGCUGUAAAAUGUUGGCUGUCAAUUCAACCCCAU